AUGUCUUUAAAACCGAGAAGAGUGGAUUUUAAUGCUACUUGGGGGGCUAUUAAAGAAACCAUCAAAGGAGUAAUUACGCUCGACCAUGUAGCUAGGACAGUAUGGAAUGAUAGAUUUUCAGAUGUUUAUUCCAUUUGUGUAGCCCAUCCUGAACCUAUGGCUGAUAGACUGUAUGCUGAAACAAAGCAGUACCUUAUUGAUCAUGUUGCUCGACUCCUAAACAAAGUUCAGGAAGAAGGAGAACAAAAUUUGGUGAAAAAUUAUUUUUUGUAUUGGUCCCAGUACUCUGUUGGGAGUCAGUACUUGCACAGUUUGUACCUAUAUCUGAAUCAGCAACACAUCAAAACGCAAAAGCUUUCUGAUGCCGAGAUCAUAUAUGGAAGUUCAGAUUCUACGGGCGGGGAACAGAUGGAGAUUGGAGAGUUGGCACUGGAAGUGUGGCAGAGUGGAAUGAUAGCUCCCCUGGGACAGAGAUUGGUAAAAUUACUUUUAGAAGCUAUUGACCAAGACAGAGCCCAGCAACCUCCAAGUAUACCAAUUGAAGCUGUUAGAGGAACAAUUCUCAGUUUUGUUGAGAUGCAGGGCUAUAGAAAAAAAGGACAGUUGCAAUUGUAUCAAGAGUUAUUUGAAGGACCUUUUCUUGAUGCCAGUGGAGAACAUUUCAAAAGAGAUGCAGAAGGUUUGUUACAAGAGAGAAAUGUCAGUUUAUAUAUGGAAAAGGUUAAGGCUAAAAUAGAAGAAGAGUUAUUUAGAGCGAGGCGGUUUCUUCACCAUAGUUCUCUACCUAAAGUAUCCAACAGAUGCGAGACUCAUAUGGUGGCUGAACAUUUACAAUUUUUAUACAGCGAGUGUAUGAAUAUGGUUCAAGGAGAAAGGAGGAAAGAUCUAUCCAAUAUGUAUGACUUACUCAAAAGUGUUCAGAAUGCUAUGAUUGUUCUUGUUGAUACAGUGCUUGAUCACAUUAAAACUCAAGGAUUAGUAGCCAUCGGUAACUUACAAGGAGAAAAUAUCCACAUAAACUUUGUUGAGAACCUUUUGGCUGUAUAUAAAAAAUAUAAGCAAUUGAUACAGGACGUUUUUAAAUCAGACCAGAACUUCAUGGGUGCUCUGGAUAAGGCCUGCAAUUCGGUUAUAAAUCACAGACCGAAUCAAGGCAGAUCCUCCUGUAGAAGUCCAGAACUAUUGGCAAAAUACUGUGAUACUCUCCUAAAGAAAUCUAGUAAAGGAAUUAGCGAAACAGAAGUAGACGAAAAACUGGCUGAAAGUAUAAUAAUUUUCAAAUACAUAGAUGAUAAAGACGUUUUCCAGAAAUUUUACUCUCGAAUGUUAGCAAAAAGACUAAUCCAUCAGCAGACACAGAGUAUGGAUGCAGAGGAGGCCAUGAUUAAUAGACUGAAGCAGGCUUGUGGCUAUGAGUUCACCAGCAAACUCCAUAGGAUGUUCACUGACAUGUCUGUUAGCACUGAUCUGAAUAAUAAGUUUGGAUCGAUUUUGAAGCAAGACAAUAUAGAUUUAGGAAUCAAUUUCAGCAUAUAUGUGUUGCAAGCUGGGGCUUGGCCACUUGGACAGGCUAUUGUCACCUCAUUCUCACUGCCUCAACAGCUGGAAAAAAGUGUACAAAUGUUUGAAAGUUUCUAUCACAACAGAUUCAACGGCAGGAAAUUAACUUGGUUGCAUCACCUGUGUCAAGCUGAACUUAAACUUGGUCAUCUGAAAAAAUCAUAUGUUGUCACCGUUCAGACUUUCCAGAUGGCAAUAUUGCUACUAUUUGAAAACACAGACUCUUUGACAUGUAAGGAUAUCAAGGAGACAUUACAGCUGAAUAACGAACAUUUUCACAGACAUAUUGUUAGUCUUAUAGAUUCGAAACUUCUUUUGGCAGACUCGGAGGAGCUUUCCUCAGAAGUCACCCUCAGGCUGAAUAUGGAUUACUCCAAUAAAAGAACCAAAUUCCGAAUUACAGCUGCUAUUCAAAAAGAAACACCCCACGAAGUAGAACAGACAUUGAAUUCAGUAGAGGAAGAUAGAAAAAUGUACCUGCAAGCAGCUAUCGUCAGAAUAAUGAAAUCCAGGAAAGUCCUCAAGCACAAUCUUCUGAUUCAGGAGGUCUAUUCUCAGUCGAAAGUAUCAUUUGCACCCAGCAUUCAGUUGAUCAAGAAAUGUAUCGAAUCGUUGAUUGACAAACAGUACAUAGAGAGAACUCCUCAUUCAAGUGAAGAGUACAGUUAUGUAGCUUAAUUAUCAAUAAAAAUGAAUUCUUCAUCCGAUAUUAUUAUUUUGAAUUAUGACUAUGGUUGUCUUUUCAUUUUUUUAAUUUUAUUUAUUUGUUAUUAUUUAUGAAGCAACUGUAAUAUACAUAUUUUGAUUACCAUUUAGAUUAUAAUUUGGUUAUUUUGUGGUUCACGAUGCAUGUCAUUAUCAAAACGUUUAUUAACAGUGUAUGACCACAAUUAUCAACAACUGAAGGGAAAAUGUUUUCAACAAAAGAUUUGUUAAAACAAUGCCUUCUCUCUGUCAUUGACUUUGUAAUUUAUGUAAAUAUUUAAAAUAAAAUUUAAUGUUACUCAAGUGUUGCCUUUAGUUUUUUGAAACUGUUUUCAUGCUGAUUUAUAUCAAUGUUCGAGCUGAUGAAUGUCUCUCUAUUACCCUUGGUAAAUUGAAAUUGUUAUGAGUGAAGAAACAAUAAUAGAAGAUGUAAUAUAUUUGUAUAUAAGGUUUUUAAUUUGUCAAAGUUUCUACUUUCUAUGUAUCUCGGAGAAUUGAUGUUUUCCAAUAUAAAAUAUGACAAUA